CAGCCUGACAAAAAGGCAGCAGGGAAAGAAAAAAAGACCACUCCUCAUGCUAUAAAAGACAUAUCUCAAAAGCAGUUUCUCAUUGCCAGUGAAAAGGAACCCAGAAGACAGAACGCGUACAGCUUUGUGACUAUGAAUCUGGGCGCAGAAUCAACACUUUUAGAAGUGACACGUCCCUGGCACGUCCGGGGCGGGACGGGACGGGACUCCCUGGAGGGGCGGUGGCGGCAGCGGCAGCAGCGACGAUAGUGCCGGGGGGUUGUGUCGCCGGCUGCCGGAGCGUUCGGGCACGUCUGCUCUUUCCAUCCUUGCUUCCAGGUGAAAGAGAUAUUCCCAUCCAAAAUGACUUUCCAAACUCUGGUUUUGUGUCUGGCUUGUGCUGGGCUUGGAAAGGCAAAUGUGGUUUCAACGAUUGAACACAGAAAUGUGAAGGUGGGCGAAAACGUGACUCUCAGCUGUGCCCUGACAGAACCCAAAGAUGUUCUGCAAGUGACAUGGCAAAAGGACAAUGAAAACCCACACAAUAAUAUAGCUACGUACAGUACCACAAAAGGAUUAAAGAUUCACGAGCCCUAUCAAGACCGAAUGAACUUCACAAGUCUGGGACUCAAUGAAACAAACAUCACUCUUUGGGAUGCUAGAAUGGAUGAUUCAGGGUGUUACACAUGCCUCUUCAAUACUUUCCCUUUUGGCGCCUUCUCGGGACAUACCUGCCUGCGUGUCCUUGGUCUCAACGCAUCUGUCCAUUACAACAUUUCUGAAGGUCAUUUGAUAGCCAUCUGUAAUGCCGUUGGCAUCCCAGAGCCCACCAUCACCUGGAACAACUUGUUCAGUUCUACUCCUACACAGGAGACAGUCAGGCACACCAAUGGGAUGGUGUCCAUCACCAGUAAACUGGAGAUCUACAACAUUCAGAGCGUCGGUGUGCAGGACUUGACCUGCAGAAUAAGCAACACAAAUGAAAAAAUGGAAUUGCCUGUGAGAAUGGAAGGAGAAGAGGGAUCCUCAUUGCUUUGGCUGGCCAUUAUUGUGGGGAUUUUUAUUGUCCUCGUAGUUCUGACUCCGAUCAUUCUGUGCUGGAGGAAGAGGAUGUCCAGGAGGGGCUGGAAUGGAUCCUAGAGGAUUUCCAUUCACCUACAAGAUCACUACAGCCCAGCAGCCUGAAGUCAACACUACCAGCAGUGACUUGACUCUCUGUAAAGAAACAGCAAUAAAAGGGAAAUAUGUCACAUACACUACCUUCUCUAGAUGAUGAGUUGAUCACUGAAAAGACUAGCAAGAUGUUUGUUAUCUGGUCUAGAUGCUUAAUCAUAAAAAGUAGGACCAGAGGGACCACUUAGUCCACUCCUUUGCUGCCAGGCAAAUCUACUUUGCUCGUGCUACCCUUGGUGCUGCUGGUGUGCAAAGUACAUCUGCAUUCUUCCAGUUGAGUUUUGAAAAUGUCCAUGGAUGGAGGCUCUGCAGGCUCACCAGGGAUACUCUUCCAGUGCCUAAUUGUUCUUGCAGUAAAGAGGGAUUUAAUUUUUACCAACAUCCUUCUGCAAUUUCGCUUGCAGCAACUCUCCAUUCAGACACCAGGAAGAGGGCAAUGAUUCUCUUUUCCAGCUGAUCCGACUCCUUUUCCUCGAUGAAUGUACCAAUGACUGUAUUGCUUAACUCUCUCAGGACAGACCUGCUGGACUCAAAACCACAGGACUGAAUUGACACCAAAUCUGCCAAAAUGAUUGAGGAAGAGCAAUAGGGCUCCAAGCAGGUGACAGAUUAGAUACAGUAGCAGCCAUAGUUGGGAAAGACAAGUUAUAAGUAAUUUAUUUUAUUUGGCUUUUCUUUCUAACCCUGGGGUGGAUAUUGUUUGUUUUUUUUUUGGUAGUAUAUAAGCAAGGAAGAGACAGAAAUAAAGUCCAGUAGUGGAAGUGUUGGCACCCCCACUUUUCCUUUCUGUUUUGCUGUCAUGCUCUUUUUUUUUUCUUGAGUUUUUUGUUUGUGGGUUUUGUGGGUUUUGUUUUGUUUUCUGAAAUAGCUCUAUUACUACCCCAGCCUAAUCCUUUCUUAGCUGUCAAAAUGUGCAGACUAAGAUUGUCAAUAGUUCUCAUGGUCAUCUUUUGCACUGUUUGGAACAGUCCCCUCUCUCUUCAUCCUUAUUUUUUUUUGUUGUCGUCUCUUUUUAAACACAAAUUGCUCUGCUGGCCAAAAGCUAUUGUUCCAUACUUGGGCCUCAUUGUGUGGGAUGUUACACCCUGAGCUAACUAUCAUAUGUCACUGCUGUGGAUGUAAUGGUGUCAGUGGGGAAUUUUACAGAGACAGAAUUUUGUCAUGUUUUUGGUAGCAGGGAAAGACACUACACGACUCUUACGAGCUGGGGCCUACCUCUGCUUCCUACUCCAGGUAGGAUCUGAGUCCCUCUCCCUCUCUUCCACCCCGGGUGCUCAUUGCCCGUGGGAGCCUGCUAAUCUGGCCACUUCCAGGAUUAAUGCUCCAGUUGCCUUUGCCCCUGCUUGCUGUGCAGCAGCAGGAGGCUGCUUGUAGGAGCAGAGUGCUCCCGGGCAUUGCCUUGAAGCUUUUCUUAUUUCUCAGGGGUCAGAGCCUCCCAGAAUCUCACCAGGGCUCCUCGCCUGCUUCACAGGGUGAGGGCUGCUAAAAACAAGCCUACCUCUGGGCAUACCGCCUUUGUGGCCCGUUUUAUUGACAGAAUAGAAAGACAGGAGCACUGCAAGGAGUCCUCCAGUGAUUUUUGUUCUGCUGAUGAGUGCUAAUGUUUAAGGUGUCUCUCAGUCUUCCUUCUGCCUGAAUAUUUGUCACCGUAUUGAGAUCACUGCCAGUAUCCUCUUGUAUUUUGCAUUUGAUUAGCAUUUUUUGUGCAUCUGAAAUAUUCCAUCUUACCAAGUACGUAGCGUUUUGGAUUCUGCUCUUUGUGUCAUAUGUUUACCAGGAGUACUAAAUGUCAAACUAAAAAAAUCAACAGAGAAGAUUUAGCAGAUGCAAGACUUACGGAUUAAGUGUUCAGAACCAGUAUUUUGUUGAUUCCAGAGUGAUGACCUCUCUAGAGUCUGGCAAAAAGUUGUGUGUGUGCUUACAUGUCUCUGUGUGUUACUGAGGAUGUGAGGGGUGAUGUUUGCUGUUAGUAUUGUAGGUGCAAUGGGAAUUAUUUAUUUUUAUAUUUCACUUUUUCUAAAUUAAAAAAAAAGUCUGAUCCAGCCAAAACAACUGGCUGUUUUGGUUUGUUUUUUCUUCUUUUUGGUGCUUGUUUGAGAUACCAGAAAUGCUUCAUUGGAGGUUGGGGUUUUUUUUGUGGGUUUGAUUUACACUUUGCUUCCUUUCUGCACAGAAAUUUGGACUUCAGGGGGUUUUUAAGGUGUUUUUUGGAUUGAUUUGAUUUGGUUGGUUUUGUUUUUCUUUUUAAUUUGAGCAAAACAACUUUUGAGAUAAAUUUACAGAAGUACUUUUGACCAGAGCAGCUGUGGUUUACUUCAGAUUUCAAAAUAACUUCAGUCAAUUAAAAAAAAUGUAUUUUAUAUUUUUAGAGUUAUUGUGUGUGUGUCAUGUUCAUUGCUUAAUUAUUCUUUAUCUGAAGUUACAUGCUCUACAGAAAUAUUGACUGUCCUGUUUUCUGUAUUUGCCUUUGCCAAAAAGAAGCCAAAUAAAGCAACUUUGAGCAUAA